AAUGACAUCGGUGACUGCAAAAUAAAUACAUAUCAAUUGACACGACGACUUAAAACAAUUUAAGCAACAGGUGUUACGCAUUAAUAUAUUUUUCGAUUCUUCACAUAUAACUUGUGGGUGCGCUACUUUAUAAAAACGUAAAUCAUUUGAGCGAAAGUGCGGCUCCUAAAUAGAAGCAUUCCGGUGCUGUGUGGCAGGGUACAUUCAAGAAGCCAAAACCGACUCGCGUUCAUGAGUGUUCAAUAGCUGUACUGGGUAAGGGUACCGCUACAGCAAACGUUGAACAGUCUUGAAUGCAACUCGCACUAGACGAAGGAGUUGCCCUCUUUCAACAGCAUCAAAUUUAUGAUCUCCACCAGACACUAGAAAUAUUUUAAAGCUUAACGUGAAACGCACUGCACGCAAAAUUAACUACGAGCAAAAUGCUUCCGUUCUGAUUAGUUCAGAAUAACUUUAACAUGCGGGGAUUGCCCUGAGUUGUAAUUAUCUACGGAUGGACCUGGUGCCCCUCGGCUGAGACAUCAUUUACGAUCCGCGGUGAGACUGACGAGGCGGGACCGCCGACAGGAUGGUGGAGCGGUCGGACCGAGCUCCUCUGCUGGACUGGGAGGAGGUUCCGUCCGCGGAGAAGCCCGGCGACGUUGCACCGGCGGCGACGGCAGCUCACGCCAAGGAAAGACUGUCGAGCCCCUCCAACGGCCGUGCCUUACCAGGAUGCUCCGCGCCGGGGUUUGGGUGGAGCAGCGGACCGGGGGGUCCCGCUCCCAGUAGGUCCGUCUCCAACGCAGACGGCUGCAGCGCCCCACCCGCGACCUCCAGCACUCCGGCGGGCGCGGACGAGGCGCUGCCCCCGGACACCGAGGAGCAUCCCCCGGGCUCGGGACCGAGGGAUGUGUCGCUGGAGGACAGGAUGGUGAAAUGGGAGGAAAAGGAUCAGAUUGUGUCGGUCUUUGUGGUUACAUUCAACACCAGAUCAGGAAACAUGCUGGAGUGGUGUCUGCCCAAAGACAUGGACCUGGAGGGAGUGGAGUUCAAGGCCAUCGCCAGCGGCUCCCACCGCGUCACCACAGACUUCAUAUACUUCCGUAAGGGCUCAUUCUUUGGCCUCGCCUGCUUUGCCAACAUGGCAGUUGAGAGCGCGGUGGAGAGGGGGGCGAGGAUGAAGUCGGUGGGGAUCCUGUCUCCCUCCUACACCCUGCUCUACCGCUACAUGAGCUUCCUGGAACAUCAGGUCAGGCUCCAGCUUCAGUCCCCAGGCCACUACUCUCCCCUGGAGGCCUUUUACGAGGACAAGAGAGCACUUCUGCCCCCUAGUGGAGACGGUGUUGUCACUGCGUUACCGUCCAACACAUGGGGAGCUGCGAUCAACCACAGCAUGCACCCUGAGAUGAAGAUCACCCACCCGGCAGGCUGCAUGUCCCAGUUCAUCCGCUUCUUUGGAGAACAGAUCAUGGUGCUGUGGAAGCUCGCUCUCCUCCGCAGACGUAUCCUCAUCUUCUCUCCUCCGCCUGUGGGCGUGGUCUGCUACAGAGUGUACUGCUGCUGCUGCCUGGCCAACAUCUCCAUCCCCGGGGUCGGCCUGGCCGUGCCCGAGUUCCGGCCCUUCUUCUACGUCAACGUCGCCGACAUCAGCGCCCUGGAGAAUGAGCUCUCCUACGUAGCGUGUACCACUGAGAAGAUCUUCGAGGAGAAGAAGGACCUGUACGAUGUGUAUGUAGAUAAUCAGAAUGUAAAGACCUACAGAGAGGGCCUGAAACCUCUGCUUCGCCUCAGCACCGCUGACAGGGAGAAGUAUCGCAAGCUCACCGAACAAAGGCAGAUGUUGCUGUACUCCCAGGAGGAGAAUGGAGACUGUGUAUCCAGUGAAGAGGAUCUCUUUAUUCUGUUUUUCCUGGAGCAGAACAACAGGAUCUUCCAGACCCUGAGCGAGGUGGCGGGGAGCCCCGACCCCACCAUAACCCAGGAGAGCGUGAGGGCCAUGGGUCUGGAUCCGCACGGAGACCGGCUCUUCCUCCUCCACCUGCUGGAGAUCUACGGCUACGACACCCUCCUGGUGUCGGAGCAGCUUUGCUGCAGCUGAGGCGACGGCGGGUCGCCGUGGGCCGGCCCUCCUGCCCGUCCUCACCGCCGGUUUUGAAAUGACGAUUUGCCUUGAACCAACUCUGAGCGCUGCACUUUUGGCUUCCCGGAGUCUUCGGGACUGUUUGAACCUCCGCCUCUAGGGUCAUCAUGUUGUAUAUCCUCCACGUGCUUCUUUUGUCCACCGCGGUCCCGCUUCUUCACGGCCCCGACGGCGAGAGCAGCGACGAGCCUCGCGUUUCCCAACGAGAACAAUGCGGUCGGUUCAGCCGGAAAGAAGAUAAACUCACGCUCGCGAUGGUCUCCUCGAACUCGGCCGUCGGCGGUGCUUCUCUGGUCUGGAUUCAGCCGCAGUGUUUCAGACGAUUGAAAGGAGACCAAAUCGAAAGACGAUACCAAUGAAUUAAAUACACUGAAAAAAAACGUAUGUAUGGAAGUGAAAGCGAGGCAGCGUCCCUGUAAAUACUCCCAGACUUUUCCUUUACGUCCCCGUGUGUCGGCUUAUGUGUGGUACGUGGUCUGAAUGUCUGCCGCCGCCGUCGUCGUAUCAAGUGCUGGAUGUCAACGUCCGAUAUUUAAGCCUCAAUGUGAAGAUCAGGGCCACCUUUCUCGUAUCCUUACUAACGGGUCAAACUGCCUUCGCCUCCGAGAGCCACGUCACAGUUCAGGCGACAUUUAAUGCAACAAAUGAUGGAUGUUGUCCGAUAAUAUUUAUAUCCUGCUGAAAGAGGCCUGGUGGUUUGGCUUAUUUGCACCCAAGCACUGUUUAGUCUGUCUUUUUUUUUUGGUGUCCAUACAUUUGUACACUGAUUUUUUUUUUUUAACAGCUAUGAAAGAAACUCUUCGAUCAGGUUUAGACACGAUAUAUACCUUAAGCUUUGUAGAGCAUUAUGUAAGAAUGACACAUUCACUGCAGCUAGUACAUCAGUGUCUUAUUAAAGUCCCUGUGAUAGCGAAAAGACAGGAAGGUCCAUCUCUGAUUGGUCAGCUUCUAGCCUGAGGAGGAAGUGCCCGUACGCGUUUGAGCCAAAGUUGACAGCGCUACUGGUGAACCAGAGAUGGGAGGGGAGGACACACGAAUACCGUUGAGAAUACCAACAAAAGUACUUUUUCCUUUGUCGGCGUCGCACCUAUAGUUGACAAAAAACCUUUUUAACAUUCAGUUUCCAUUCAAAGCCCCCAUAAUGCAUCAGAGAACAACUUCUGUGUCUUUUCUUUUAGCUCCGCUUUGGUCGUCACCCAUUUCUGAGCCAAAUAUCUCAGUCGCGCGUUGUUAGCUGUUUGACUUACUUCACCGGCAAACAGCUUCCAACUCCAUAGCUCUGCCGUUCUGUGCUCAGUUUCUAGGUCACAGGUGGUCCAUCGGCACCUUUCUGUUAAAACUACUCGAUUCUGUAUAAACGGUUGAUGAGAGAAGUGAGAUUAAAACCAUGCAGGGUACGUGCCACUGCAGCUUUAAGAGACGGUUUCAGUUUGACUUCCGUGCCACUAUACAUCUGUGCAAUUGCCCUGAAAUAAUAAGGACAGUUUGUUCGGUGAAUUUCCUUCAAGAUAAGCUUUUUAUUUUAUAUAAUUAUUAAACAUGUCACUCGAUCAUGAUAGAAACAUGUAAUAUAGACUGCUAACCUGGUGCUUUGGUCACUCUAUGUGCUGCAUACAUCACACGAUGUAAACUAAAGUUGAUUAUUCAGUCUUUUUACAGUGGUUAUUCUUUUUCCAUUUUUUUUAGUUCGUUUCGUUUUUUGUAGUGUUUAUCUCGUUUAGAUGUGAACAGUUUUGUGUGAAUAUUCAUUUGCUGUAUUACUGUAUGUGAAGACGGGAUCAGGUGAAUGUGUUUUCUAAGACGAUUACGAUCCCGCGGAGCCUCUGUUUCAUUGAACCCAUGAGCUGUAAGAAGAUAACCUUGAUGACAUUUUCACACCGCACCGCACCACACGGCACCUUAGACGAGCUGUACAGAGCUGAAGCAAACAUCUUUGUAGUUGAAGAGAUAGUCUUUACUCAUGAUAAAACACCUUCACUUUAUUUAUUUUACUGUAAACCAUUUCAGAAAUAAAGUGCACAGCCACUUGUAAGGAAAA